AUGGCUAACAGUUUCUAUUGGUACGACCUGGAAACCACAGGUACUGAUCCGAAAUGGGAUCGUAUUGUGCAGUUUGCCGGUCUUCGUACUGAUGCUGAUCUGAAUAUUCUAGAUGACGAGUUCAGCACCUAUGUUUAUACGCCGGAUGACGUGUUACCUAAUCCCCAUGCCAGCCUGGUCACCGGUAUUACCCCUCAUCUGACCCAAGCACGUGGCAUACCUGAAAGCGAAGCGCUGCGUAAAAUUAAUGACAUUUUCAUGCAGCCGGGUACCUGUGUUGCGGGCUACAACAGUUUGCGUUUUGACGAUGAGUUCAUGCGUUACUCCCUUUAUCGCAACCUCCUGGACCCUUACGCGCGUGAGUGGCAGCAGGGAAAUUCACGCUGGGAUCUGAUCGAUCUGGUCCGUGCAACCGGCGCAUUGCGUCGCGAGGGUAUCAACUGGCCAGAGGAUGAGGAUGGCUUGCCGGUGUACAAAUUGGAAGAGCUGACCCGCGCCAAUGAUAUCUCCCAUGGGCAGGCACAUGACGCCAUGUCGGAUGUGCAUGCAACUCUGGGUAUGGCGAAGUUGAUCAAGAGCGCUCAGCCUAAGCUGUUUGAAUAUUAUUACUCCAUGCGACACAAAAAAAGCGUUCGCAAUCUGCUGGAGCCCGUUGGUACAAAACUCAAUGUGCACGUCUCCGCGCUGUACCCACGGCAUCGCUUUGGUGUAGGUCCUGUCAUUUCGAUUGCCCGCCACCCCAGUAACGGGAAUGCCAUGAUUGUGGCUGAUCUGGGUGAAGACAUAGAACCCCUGCUGGAGAUGAGUGCGGAUGAAAUCAGCGCUGCGUUGUUUACGACGGAUGGCGGCGAGCGACCUCCGUUGAAAGAAAUACGCAUCAAUCGCUGUCCGUUUGUGGCACCCAUUGAAGUACUCAAUGAAGAGAAUCAGCAGCGCUUGCAGAUUGAUCUGAAGCUGAUUAAAGAAAGGGCGCGCAGGCUCAAGCAGCCGGGUUUCGCUGAUAAAGUUGCGAGGGCGUAUUCGCAGCGCAAAAAUCAGCCUGCCGUUGAUGUCGACGCUGCGCUAUACGAUGGAUUCCUGCAGGAUGAUGAUCGCUCUCGUUGCGCGGCGUUACAUGAAGAGUUGAUUGCCGGCCGCUGGCAGGAUCUGGAUUUUCGAGACAAGCGCCUGCACACCCUGGCCGCACGUAUGAAAGCACGAUCUUAUCCUGCGCUGCUUGAUGAAGCUGAACAGAAACAGUGGCGCAAUUUUGUGAUUACAAAACUUGAAGGGGAUGGCGAUUGGCUGAAUCUUCGCGACUACGAGGUCAGCAAACGCUACGACCAACUCACGGUGCUGGAUGAUGUGUCAGUCAACUGCCCCUCUGCAGCCUGCACCGCCAUAGUUGGCGCAAGCGGCAGUGGUAAAACCACAAUGCUGCAACUGGUCAAUGGUGUUGUCCGGCCAGAUAGCGGCACGGUUAAAGUGUUUGACGAGCAGGUACCCGACAGCGAGGUUGAGCAUUUUCGCCGCAAGAUAGGUUAUGCGGUGCAGGGCGCUGCGCUAUUUCCCCAUAUGACGGCAUGGGAGAACGUUACUCUGGUAGCGCGCCUGCAGGGAAUCGCUUCUGAUGAGAUGGAGUCUCGUUAUCAGCAGCUGGUGCAGGAUAUGGAUCUGCCCGAAGACAUCCGUCACCGCCUGCCCAGGGAACUUUCCGGUGGGCAGCAACAGCGUAUCGGGUUGUGUCGCGCCUUGAUGUUAAAGCCCUCGCUGCUUCUGCUGGAUGAGCCCUUCUCCGCAGUGGAUCCUAUCACCCGGGUGGAUAUCUACGAUCGGUUUGCUUACGUGCAGAAGCAUGAAGGUGUCAGUAGUUUGCUGGUGACCCAUGAUCUGCGUGAGUCAGCUGUCAUGAAGAGAUGGCUGAUGCUGGUCGCCGUCGUGUGCUUUCUUUCCGUCAGUCUGCAUGCGCAGACAAUCCGGAUCGGUAGUAAGAACUUCAAUGAAAACUACAUUCUGGCGGAAGUUGUCUCGCAACUGCUUGAAGUCAGAGGGUUUACCGUUGAACGAAAGUUUGGCCUCGGUGGCACUCUGAUCUGUUAUCAGGCGCUUGUUGCGGGGGAAAUCGAUAUCUAUGUUGAAUACACCGGCACGCUGAGUCAGGCAAUUCUCGAUUUACCUGGUAAUCCUGAUCGGCGCGCAUUGAACGAAGCGCUGCAGCCGGUUGGCCUGGAACUGUUAAACGAGUUUGGUUUCAACAAUACCUACGCGAUAGCCGUGCAGAAGCAGGUUGCCGAAGCGCGCAACCUGAAGACCAUCGGGGAUCUGGCCGCACACCCGGACCUGGAAGUGGUGGUUUCCCAUGAGUUCCUGGAGCGGGGAGAUGGCUGGCCUGGCUUGAGCCAGGCCUACGGUCUGACAGCGCCUGUCAGGGGGAUCGAACAUGGCCUUGCUUAUCAGGCCAUCAGCAAGGGUGCAAUUGGCGUGACUGAUGUAUACAGCACGGAUGGAGAGCUGAUUCGAUAUGAAUUGACUGUUCUGCAGGAUGAGCUGGAUUAUUUUCCACGCUACUAUGCUGCGCCUCUGGUGCAGCAGACACUUCCCCAGGGUGCUCGUGAUGCGCUGAGCGUGCUGGCAAACGUCAUAAGUGAUGAAGCUAUGCAAAAACUCAAUGCCGCUGUGGUUUUUGAAGGUAAGUCGUUUGCUCAGGUGGCAUCAGGUUUUCUUGCGUCGAUCGAUGUUGAGACCACGGUUGCUGAACCCUCCAUGUGGCCCUCGUUGAUGAGAAAUACGCUGCGCCAUCUGCAGUUAACCGGCAUCGCGUUGGGUUUAGCCAUUGUGGUUGGUCUGGGCCUGGCGCUGUUGGUAUAUCGGGUCGAUUGGCUCAGUAGUAGUGUGAUUUACGUCAGUGGGCUUUUGCAGACUAUUCCCUCAAUAGCCUUGUUGGCAUUGAUGAUCCCUCUGUUUGGCAUAGGUAUGCUGCCGGCCAUCAUCGCGUUGUUUCUUUACUCUUUGCUGCCGAUACUGCGAAACGCCAUUACCGCGCUGACGCACGUAGACGUGACCCUGAUUCGUGUAUCCGAAGCAUUGGGGCUGACGAAUAAAGAGCAGCUCAAACACGUGUUGCUACCUCUGUCAGUGCCCGCGAUCUUUGCCGGGAUCCGUACCGCAGCAGUAAUCAGCAUAGGGACAGCAACGCUGGCAGCAUUUAUAGGUGCAGGCGGGCUGGGUGAUCCGAUUGUGGUUGGUUUGUCUCUAGAUAACCCGGAGCUCAUUCUGCAGGGCGCCAUUCCGGCAGCACUUCUGGCUAUUUUCACCGAGUUGGGAUUUACCCUGAUAGAAAAGCGCUUGAGUCGCGCGCACCAGAUGCUCUUCUUCUGCCGCGAGCGUGCGGCCAAAAAGUGUUUGCUCCAGCCGCGCUACAAUCUCCGAGUUCAUACUGCGACGAUGAUAUCUGGCGGCCUCGGCUACCUGGUCUCGCAUGAGGAGCGGCAGGAUCAGUGUUGGUGGCAAAUGGCGCGGUGUGCGCCACAAACAGCAAAACAGGUAUACAUGGUACAGCGUCCUGGUCGAGGCGACUUUCCGGAUCUGCAUGUUUUUCCCGGUGGCAAAGUGGACGAAGACGACUGGGCGCCGCAGCAUUGUUUUGGUGUGGAUGAUCAACAGGCCAGCGCCAGGCUGGGUGUUGCUGCAGGCGGCCUGCGCUACUGGGUUGCGGUUGCAAGAGAGUGUUUUGAAGAAUGUGGUGUGUUGGUUGUGCAUCAGAACGGUACGCCUCUGGAUCUCUCUGAAUCGCACGUACGUGCGAAAUUUGUCGAUUAUCGUCAGCAGCUGUUGGCUGGUGAGAUUUCGUUCAGCAGCUUGUGUGCAAAAGAAAAUCUGACUGUGGCCUGUGAUCGGCUGGCGUAUUUCAGCCACUGGAUAACUCCGCCUGUCGUUCCCCGUCGGUUUGAUACCCGUUUUUUUCUGGCGGCGUUACCUGACCAUCAGAUUGCUCUGGCAGAUACGGAUGAAACUGCCGAUGAUCAGUGGGAAAAACCUGUUGAGGCACUUGCCAGAUCGGCUGCCAAACAGUGGCAGAUGAUAGAUCCCACCCUGCGUUCAUUGGAAACGUUGUCGCAGUUCUCAACAGUGUCCCAGGCACUCGCUGAGGUGAAACAGGGUGAACAUCUUAUGCCGUUGACGCCGGAGUUGAAUCGCCAGGGUAUGCAGGAUGGACAACAACGUAUUGAUGUCCUGCGCGAUCUGAACCUGACAUUGCCCGCCGGCCAAACCCUUGCAGUGAUGGGGCCAAGCGGCUCAGGAAAAUCUACCUUGCUUAAUAUUCUGGCAGGAUUGGUCAGUGCUGAUGAGGGCUCGGUGGAUUUGCACCUUGACAAUCAGACUUAUGCCCUGCGCGAACUCAAUGAGCUUGCUCGAACGCGACUGCGGCGCAGUUACAUAGGAUACGUUUACCAGUUUUUCAAUCUCGUGCCGACACUGACGGUGCUGGAAAAUGUAUCUUUGCCUGCCCGGCUUAAUCGGCGUAAUGACCUGGACCUGUCGGCGCGUGAACUGUUAGCGGCAUUUGGCUUGAAGGAUCGGCAUGAUGCGUUUCCUGAAGUGUUGAGCGGCGGAGAGCAGCAGCGCGUGGCAGUGGCCCGGGCGCUGUUGUUAAAGCCACCGUUGCUGCUUGCAGAUGAGCCCACCGGGAACCUUGAUGCUGUAAACGCUGAUCAGGUCGCUACGCUUUUAUUCGAUAAUGCCAAAGCGCUGGGUCUGACAGUUAUUGUGGCCACUCAUAGUGAAGACGUUGCCAGCCGUGCUGACCGUCGCAUUCAUAUGUUUUUAUGGCGUUCACCCUGGUCAACGGGUAUGGCCUUUUUUGGCGUUAUGCUCGGUGUGUCGUCAAUUGUUGGUGUCCAUCUGAUCAGUGCAUCAAUCGCAGCUCAACUUGAUGCCCUUAUCCCUUCCCAACUGGCUGGCUACAGCCACUUUCUGCAUCGCGCAGAGGUGUCUGCAGACGACUAUUUUAAACUGCGUCGUCAGUGGCGUGAAGGUGGUUUGUCGAGUGUCGAUGAGGUCGCGCCGUUGAUUGAUGAAACCGCUGUUAUCGACGGGAAAGAGAUCAGAGUUGUUGGCGUGGAUCUGCUCAGCCCGCUAGGUGUGCGUUUAUUGGGGGAGGCUGGUCAGACGGAUGCGGCGGGUGCCCGCAACACAUCGAUAAGUUCGACUUUCUGGCAGGGUAUCUGGGUGGACGAGACUUUGAUGGCUCUGACGUCUGCGCCAAUCAACGCUGUCAUAAUCGCGCCUCCGGGUACCGUGAUUGCCGACAUCGGUGUAGCGCAGAAUUUACUUGGAUGGUCUGCCGAUCAGCUGUCUUACGUGGGGAUUGUGUACCGGUCUAAAUGGCAGAACGUUGUAGAUAUCGGAGAGCAUAUCCUGCCGGGUUUUGCUGCAGGGUUUCCGCUGCAGCCUGUUGCACAGAUACCCUCAGGGUGGACGGUGCUCAGUUUGUCAGCGCAGCAUCCGGCCAGUUCGUUUGGCAAGUCCGUGCUGUUCAAUAUCAGUGCGCUGGGACUGCUCGCAUUGCUGGUUGCCUGGUUUCUGAUCUAUCAGGUGGCAGUUUCCUGGUUACGACGUCUCUGGCCCGUCUUUGAACGUCUGCAUGUGCUUGGCGUGCCGUGGCACUAUCUGCAGCUCACCUUUGUUGCAACACUGCUCCUGCUCGGUAUUCUGGCCGCAUUGUCCGGUUUACUUGUCGGUCGAGCUCUGGCCGUUGCGCUCUAUCAGCUGGCUCUGCCGCUGCAGGCGGUAGCUGGGCCUUUCGGCAAGCCAGGUGUGUUGGGUGUCAUGUGGGAAGCGACAGGCCUGGCUGGGGGCUUUGUAAGUAUUGCCGCUAUCAGCCUGCUGGCAGCCUGGGUAGUGACGCCGUUGCUCAAAUCCCUGGCCCGAUGCAGCCCUCGCCUGCCGGGACCCAUUCUGGUGCGCCUCAGCUUGCGGGAAGCGAUCUGGUAUCCACGUGAUAUGGGCGUGGCGUUGGCAGGGUUGAUUCUGGCGGUUGCCACCGCCAUUGGCGUCAGCUUGAUGGUUGACAGUUUUCGCAGCGACUUUGAUCGUAUGUUGGGCCAGCGCCUGAGCUACGACCUGGUUGUGGAAGGCGGAGUGCUGGAUCUACAGAGGCUUGACAGGGAACUGGCAAAUAACCCUGAGGCGCGGCGGGUACAAAAUUAUCGUCAGACCCAGCUGCGGGUGGCGGGUGUGCCGAUGCAGAUUGUUGCAAGCCAGACAGAUCAACUGGAGAUGGCCCGCUACGGCUACCCGCGGGCACUGGCAAUUGAUGAAGUUCUGAUCAGUGAGCAGGCCGCACGUGCUCUGGAUCUUGGCGCGGGGGAUUUGCUCAACCUGGAUGGCUUGCCGUUCAAUGUGGUCAAAGUAUUCACCAGUUUUGGUGACGUCACACCGCGCCUUGUUCUCAAUGAGCAGGUUGUUGCCUCUGAAAAAGCUGCCAGCGCAGGUGGGACAUUGUCUAAUACACCUCUGCCAUGGGUUUCAUUGAGCAUCAAUGCUGAUGCUCCUGCAGCGCUGCUGAGCCAGCUAAAGUUGGACUAUCCAAGCUUGGAUUUCCGCCUGCAGAAUGACAUCCGCACCCUUGCGUUGGACACCUUUGAUCAGACAUUUGCGAUAACUACUGCCCUUGUCCUGAUUGCUUUGCUGGUAGCCAGUAUUGGUAUCUAUAUUGCGGUCACAGCCCUGCGCCUCAACAAAAAGGUCCAGAUGAGUGUCCUGGCUGCGCUGGGCGUUAAUCGUCUGGAGGGUAUCGGAAUGGACUUUGCUCUGGGUCUCGGCAUAGGUGUGGUUGCCAUGCUGGUUGCUGUGCCACUGGGUGUCACGCUGGGUUGGAUUCUCUGUGAUGUCAUUAAUCCACGCGCGUUUGGCUGGACGGUCACUUUACAGCUUUCAGCCCAGGCACUGAUGACCCCCGUAUUCUGGGGUUUGCUGGCGGCCAGCGCGGCAGGUUUGAUCCGCCUUGGGCGGCAGGCCACACCUGUAAUGGGCGUGCGCAUCAGUUCCGUGCUUGGCGAGGGAGCACAGGCCGGCUAUCGCAGUGAAUGGUGGUAUCUCACUGCGGUUUUGCAGGACGUCGAUGGUCGUGAAUUUGGCGUGCAGUACACGCUGUUCAGGCAGGCGCUGACACCAACCCCCACGGGUGCAGGACCCUGGCACAGUGGCCAGGCAUUCAUGGCCCACGUAGCCGUCACCGACGUUGACAACAAGCGUCACCUUCACGAUCAGCGCUUUGUGCGCGGACAUCCGCAACUGGCCGGCGUAACAACAAACAAUGGCUUCCGCGCCUGGCUGGAGGACUGGGUGUUGCAGGGUUUGACGGUAACUGCCGAGCAGUUUGAUCUGCAGUUGCAGGCACCAGCGAACCAAUUCGACAUAGACCUCAAGCUGCAGCAGCAGCAACCGAUUGUGCUGCAGGGUGACUCAGGUUUGUCGCACAAGGGCGUUGGGUCAGCCAGUUAUUACUAUUCAAUGCCGCGUAUGGCGAUCAGCGGAGUGAUUGAGGUUGAUGGGCUCCGUCAUGAAGUGACCGGACUGGGCUGGCUUGAUAGAGAAUGGAGUACCUCUGUCCUGCCUGCCGGGGUGGCAGGUUGGGACUGGUUUGCGCUGCAGUUUUUUGAUGCGAGCAGUCUCAUGGCCUUUCGCCUUCGUCGCAGUGAUGGUCUGCGUGAUGAAUAUGAUCACGGCCUGAAAGUGCCUGCGUUCAGCGGAUCUGCAGAUUCAACAGACGCCUCUGGCACUGUGCUUGAGACUGAGGAUUUUGAGCUCACACCUACUGGAUACUGGGUUGAUAAAACCGGCGUUAGCUGGCCUGUGAGCUGGCAGCUUGAUGUACAAGGCGAACAGUUUUUCAUCGAAGCGCUUGUUGAUGAUCAGCUGAUGGACACAGGCAUUUUGUACUGGGAAGGUAUUGUUGGGGACAAACACGUGGCAGACGAUAAAACUGAAGAUCUGGAUUGGACUCAUCUGGACUCGCGAUACGAUCAGGAGGCUGGCUUGAUUCUGUUCGAAAAGCGUAUGGAUCGCAUGCGUAAUCCUCGCAACGGCAAAGAGUUUGAUCGCCUGGUGCUGGAGUCAGUGGACUGGGUCAACCUGGUUGCGCUUGACGAGGCGCAGCGCUGCAUAAUGAUUCGGCAGUAUCGUUUUGGUGUGGGUUACACCACGUUGGAAACUCCCGGUGGCAUGGUCGACCCUGGCGAAGAUUCGCUGACGGCUGCCCAGCGCGAACUGGAGGAAGAGACCGGCUAUGUAGCAGACGCCUGGACAUACCUGGGUGCGGUGGAACCGAACCCCGCCUUUCAUAAUCAUCUGUGUCACCACUGGCUGGCUGAAAAUGCCAGGCCCGGAUCUGCGCAGAACCAGGGUGAUGGAGAGGCGAUCAGAGUAGAGUUGAUGGAUGUGGAUCAGGUCAAACAGGUUGUGCAAAGCGGCGAGUUGAAACACGCGCUUGCGCUAUCGGCCCUGUCGCGGGUCUAUCAAUUGUGGCCGUUGCCGUUCGCUCACGACGAGGUUGAGCCGGAAUCCGGGAAACUCUAG